AUGCCAGAAUCAGCAACAAACCUGACCUCUUUCGCGCCCGAAGAAUACAGCGAUGGCUGGACCUACGAACAGAUCGCCGCAAGAUACAUCAGUCUCUGUGCCGAAUACCUCGCUGUCCACACUCUCUUCGAUGGCGUCAUCGCUGCUCGCCCUUUUGAGCGCGAAAGCACCAUCCACAACCUCCAAAAUGCGCGUCUACGGCUAGAGAACGAAAGACAGCAUCUACACACCCAGAUACGGCAGCUUGAGAGGGCAAACCAGACGAAUCGAAAUACCAACCGCGACUUACGGCAGCAGUACACGGAAAUGCAGGAAACCCUCAACAUAGUUCUGCAAGCACAAUUUCAAGGGGAUCAGGAGGCGCGAGAGCAGCAUGCGAAGAUUGAGAGGCUUGAGGAAGAGAAUAAGUCACUUCAGUGGCAGAUCCAGAUGUUGGUUAAAGCGAGGGAUGAAGACGUGGGCAGCCCAACUGGUUUAUGGAAUAAGGGAGAGGAACUGCAAUCAGGAGUGAACGAGAUGGGAAAGACGGUUGAAAACCCAGACGGUUGGGUUGAUGAAGUCGUAGCUGAACAAGAGAAGAUGACGAAAGCUAAGAUAUCUGAGGAACAAUCUUGCUGGGACGACAACGAGGACGACGACUAUAAUGAUGACCAUUUUGACAUCUAG